CAGGGCGGGAUUGUCUAUGAUUGACAAGUUGUUACCUUGGCGACCUGUCAAUCAGGCAAGAGCCGGCUCGUACCUUCCGCCGUAUUGUCACUUCCUGGUUGCACAAACUCAACAUGGUUGUCAUUUUAGAGGUUAGAGGGUUAGAGGGUCAUUUUAGAGGGAGGUUUUAGAGGGUUAAGAUGUCACUGUAACUUUAGUCAACAUUACAACUUGGUUCUCCUUGGUUUCGGUUUCUCUGUAGAAACAUUUCCUGUUUUGGCCUGUUAAUCUGUUGUGUGUGUACAAGGUGUGUCAUGGUGUGAAAAUGUGGUUAGAUCUAUUAAUACAUGCAUAUUGUUGUUGCUGAAAGAAAACCUUGUAUCUCCAAAUUCUAUCCUUUUUAAAAAAUAUAUAUUUUCAGUUUUAUACUCAUGUAUUAAUAUUGUUUGUAUAAAUUGUUUCAUACAGUGAAUCCAAAGAUUUGGCAACACAGUCUCCUUACUAAAGUUACAAAAAACACAAAACUGGAUCCAGAAGAGUCAAAUGAAUAAAAAGUGUGUGUUUCUUUGCUGCUACUUCCUCAGUGUUCUCUACCGAAACCAGACAGAUGUCACAUCAUGCAAGACUGUCAGCAGCAUCAGUACAGUUUAUUAUGUUAAUGAAUUUAUAUCUAUACAGUUAGUGCUAAGUAUACUUGUACACAGCAAAGUUUUAUAGCAGCACAGUGCAGUUACAGGAAGUGAAGUGCAGCUACUGUUCAACUGUCUCAGUCCUAUCAAGAUGUCCUCAGAUAUUUCUGUCAAACCAGAUUUCUCAAAGAAGGUGAGAUACAACAGAAAGGUGCAGGAAGACAACAUGGAGUGGGAGGAAAGAACGGUGGCUAUCUACGAGAGUGCAUACAAUAUCAGAAAUGAUCACACUGAUCUUCAGUCACACGACGGAGCCGUCCAAAGCAGGCCUUUGAGAGCUGCUGCAUUUUGUCUUGGAGUGCUGUGCUUUCUGACGAUAACUGGAAUCAUCCUCCUAUACAUACUUUAUAUUUCAGUCACUUUGGAAAAAGACCAGCUCCAGGGACAAAUUUUAGACAUGGCAGUCAACCACAGUCAGUUACAGAGCAGUUACAAGACACUGAGUAAAAAUCACAGCCAGUUACAGGACGAAGUGAAGCAGCUUAAAAAAGAAUCUGAAGGGAACUGGUGUCUUAAAGAAUGGAAGAAAUUUGGAUGCAGCUGUUACCGUAAAUUCAAUGGGGAGAAAACUUGGUCUGACAGCAGAUGGGACUGUUACACUAGAGGAGCAGAUCUGGUGAUCAUAAACAACGAAGAGGAACAGAAAUAUGUCACUGAGCUGAACAAGGAUGGAGACUCCUGGAUUGGUCUACGGCCACAGAACGGACACAAACAGGAUGGAAAUGGAAAUGGGUGGACGACUCGCCGCUGACAGUACAGUUCUGGGCCACAGGAUUGCCACAGCAGCCCGGGGACCAGUACGCUGUAGUAUGCUGCGAUAAACAAGGAAAAUGGACAGAGAGUAAUCAAAAUGACAAUAAGAGCUGGAUCUGUGAGAAAGACAUUUCCUGAUUUUGAUGACAGAGGGAUGUGUAGUGUUGGGAUCAACUUUGUCAUAUUAGACAAAUUCACAUUUCACAUUUGUUCAGUUGUAUAUUCUGUGUCACAUGCUAAACAAACUGGAUUAUUUAGAAAUAGUUCAUCUGCCCUACAUAGUGAACUGUCUGGUUGGAAGUCAGUGUUGGCCAGUAGCGUCGCUACAAGUAGCGCCGUUACUAGUUUAACUACAGUUGAAUGAAAUAGCUUUUCAGUAGCAAAACUCUUUUAUUUGACCGAAUAGCGUAGUAGUGUCCACACGCUACAUUUUCUCGAGCAUUUUUGAAGGAUCGGUAAGUGACGUCUCCGCCACACACAACCCUGUAUGUGUAGCUAGCGGAAGCACUUGAGUACAAUACUAAUAAUUAAUAAACAAUGAAAUGACAUUAUUAAAACUAAAGAAAGAGGAAAAAAAUACCAAAACCAAACACAAAACAUGUUACAUUGAAAAUGUGUCUUGCUUUUUGACAAGCACUAGAAUUUUUCAAAGGAACAAUUAUUAAAAUCACAAACAAUAUUAAUGAUAAUGUGAUCAUUUUGCAGUAACUUUAUACAAACAAUGAUUCUCAGUUUGCUGCAUGAGGAAUACAUUUUGCUGCAAUGAUGGCAGUAAGUAGGAGAGUUUCUGUGUGAUUCAGCUCUCUCUUGCGCACACACUUACUGCUUGUAGCAGGUUUUUAUUCUUUCUUCUUUUGCUACUGUGGAAUGAAGUAGGUUCAAUAUGAACUAGGCCUAUAAAAGCUGCUUCCACAGACCACUUACUGAUGGAGUUACACUUGGGAAGAGUAAAGACUGAAUGUGUUUUGAACAGACAGAUGCAUCUGACGGUGAAUCAAAUGUCAAUCCAUCUUGAAUGCUUGGCUGCGUUUACAAUUGGGUUUUUUGCUAUUCAAAAACUAUCCAAUCCACACAAGAUGCUUUAACUGGCCAAGUAUAAAGUGUUUUGGUAGCAGAAUGUCAACUUAAUUUUAACUACAACGCAAUUGUCAUCCAUGGAUACUGUGGAAAUAAAUGUUCAUCAAACCUU